UUCGGCCUUUACUCCUAGAAACUACGUUUCCCAGAAGAGACUGCGGAGCUGGCCCAAUCGCGACGCAGCACCGGCGGGGUGUUGUGCGUCUGCGCCGUCUUCCGGCUCCAGGCGGCAGGUCCGCCGGUGCCGAGGGGAAAGCGCGCGCGGGGUUACGGGAGGCGCGACUGUGGUGGCACCUGGAUCUGAGGUGGCGGCAGCUCUGCCAUCUCAGGACUCUGCCCUUCCCCAAGAGGAACCAGGAGGACGACCCAUCAGCCCAUGGAAUUCUAAAAGUCAUGUCCCUCGGGUCAGACUUGUUCAGGGAUGUGGCUGUAGUCUUCUCCCAAGAAGAGUGGGAAUGGCUGGCACCUGCUCAGAGGGAUUUGUACAGAGACGUGAUGUUGGAAACCUAUAGCAACCUUGUCUCACUGGGUCUUGCCAUUUCCAAACCUGAUGUGAUCUCCUUCUUGGAGCAAGGCAAAGAGCCCUGGAUGGUGGAGAAAGUGGCGACAGGAGGCCUGUGCCCAGUAUUGGAGUCCAGGUAUGAUACCAAGGAAUUAUCUCCAAAGCAGCACAUUUAUGAAACACAGUCACCCCGGUGGGAGAUAAUGGAAAGCCUUACAAGUUAUGGUCUUGAGUGCUUGAGCUUCCAAGAUGAUUGGGAAUGCAGAAGCCACCUUGACAGACAACAGGGAAAUCCAGAUGGACAUUUGAGUCAAAUGAUAAUCAGUCAUGAAGAAAUGUCUACUUUCGACCAGCAAGCAUCCCUUACUUUUUAUCACAAAAUUCAUACUGGAGAAAAACCCUAUGGAUAUAAUGAAUGUAGAAAAGACUUCUGGCAAGAGGACCUCCUUAUUAAUCAUCAAGGAAUUCAUAGUAAUGAGAAACCCUAUAAAUGUAAGGAAUGUGGGAAGGCCUUUAAAUAUGGCUCACGACUAAUUCAACAUGAGAAUAUUCAUUCUGGCAAGAAACCCUAUGAAUGUAAGGAAUGUGGAAAGGCCUUCAAUUCUGGCUCAAAUUUCAUACAACAUCAGAGAGUUCAUACUGGUGAGAAACCUUAUGAAUGUAAGGACUGUGCAAAGGCCUUUAGUCGAAGCUCACAGCUGAUUGAACAUCAGCGAAUUCAUACUGGCGAGAAACCCUAUCAAUGUAAGGAAUGUGGCAAGGCCUUCAAUCGGAUCUCACAUCUUAAAGUACAUUACAGAAUUCAUACUGGUGAAAAACCCUAUGCAUGCAAGGAAUGUGGGAAGACCUUUAGUCAUCGGUCUCAGUUAAUUCAACAUCAGACUAUUCAUACUGGCAAGAAACUCUAUGAAUGUAAGGAAUGUGGGAAGGCCUUUAAUCAAGGCUCAACUCUUAUUCGACAUCAGAGAAUUCAUACUGGUGAAAAACCCUAUGAAUGUAAGGCAUGUGGGAAAACCUUUAGGGUGAGCUCACAACUUAAGCAACAUCAGAGAAUUCACACUGGAGAGAAACCCUACCAAUGUAAGGUCUGUGGUAGGGCUUUCAAACGGGUCUCCCAUCUUACUGUACAUUAUAGAAUUCAUACGGGUGAGAAACCAUAUGAAUGUAAGGAAUGUGGGAAGGCCUUUAGUCAUUGUUCACAACUGAUUCAACAUCAGGUAAUUCAUACUGAGGAAAAGCCUUAUGAAUAUAAGGAAUGUGAGAGGACUAUAAAUCAUGAUUCAACUAUUCAACAUCUAAAGGUGCAUAAUAAAGAAACACAAGUGGAUAUAAUAAAUGUAGAAAAGCCCUCCAUCAGCACUUAUCCCUUAUUAAUCAUCAGAGAAUUUAUGUUAGCAAGCAACCAUGUGAAUGGAAGUAAUGGGAAGAGCCCACUAGCUUAGGCUAAGCACAAAUUAUUCAUUCAAGUGAGCAUGCCUUCAGCCAGAGCUCUCCUCUGUCCUUUGUCAUAAUAUUCAUACUGAAGAAAAACUUCAUGGAUGUAAAAUGUUUAGACCAUGUUUGUCAAAGAAGCAAGGAAAGGUUGGAAAAAAUUUUGUCUCUAACACAUUCUAGAAUCACAUUUUCUAACCACAGUGUCAUAACUUUAACAAUAGCCAAAAGUUUUAAUUUUCUUGGAAAUUAAAAAGAAAAAAGCCAAAUUACUCUUGGUUAACAAGGAAAUAAAUCAUGCAGUUACCAUGAAUGGUAAUGAAAAGAAUGACAAUGAGAGAUCUGGGAUGUGGCUAAAGCUACUCAGGAAUUUUUAUGGCCUUUCAAUGCACGCAAAACAUGAAAACCUGAAAGAUUAUACUCAAAUAUACUGAAUGUACUAACCACUUUCAGAAAAAUAUUAGAAGAAAGAAGCCAGAAAAGAGAAUACCAAACACUCAGAUGAUGAAAGAACAAAUUAAUGGAAAAUAAAAAUCGAAAAUGAUGACAUAGAAAGUGGUUGUUACUUUAUCAUCUCAGUUUUUAUUUCUUCCUGAUCCAAGAGUAAACUAAAUUUACAACAGGGUUUCUUAAUUUCCACAUUGUUUAAUUGUUUUGGGUUGCCUUUUAUAACUUCUGUCACAGAUAGAAGGGGUUGGUUGCCUACCUAGCAGCCAUACCCAAUUUCCCUUCCUGUUGGUGCAUCUGUGUCUUGCCUUAGAAUCUGAAGAUGUCAGAUGCUAAUUUUCAGCCUCCUUUGCAGCUCAGGAUGGCCCAUAUGGCCAGUGUGUUCCCAGGAUCUAUAGGGGCUUCUGGAAAAUAUUUUCCUCAUUCAGAAGACAGAUAUAUUUGGAAGACUCCUUCCCUAUCAUUUCUUGCUUUUAAACAUUUUCCUAUGAGAAUAUGAUACCUGGAGCUGCUGCAGCCAUCUUGGAACUAAAAAGAGAAACAGGAUCUCAGAGAAGCUGACCCAGAGCACUGACAACAUUCAGCUUCAAGGCCAAUUCUGGAAUGCUCUCUGAUGCCUUGUUAUGUAAGAAAAAUAAACCUUUAUUGCUGAAGUUA